AUGGAGUGCGGGACGAAGACUUUAAUUCGAAACCUAUGUAGUGCACAAACUUAGGGAAUAAAGUGUCGGUUUAAGAUGCAGCCUGUGCAGUCGCGUGAACUGGUCUGUAAACAGAGAAGUGAUGGAAGAAAUAGCUGCGUUUAAGGAUGAGUGACCGGAGAGAAAAGAAAUAAAUAUUGUGAGAUCACAACUGAAAUUAUAAUGAUACGAUUAACUUCUAUACGGUUUUAAACACACUAAUCAGCGAUAAUCUGAUCCAGGAUGGAGGACUGGAGUUUCUCACAGUCCACACAGAGAAGGAGCUUCACAUCACUCAUCGCAAGUCGUCUUGGGAGGAAGCGGAGGUUCCAGAGUCAGAGUGAGCUUCAGGAAGCGUCCAUCAAUCUGAUCAACCGCAACCAGAACAUCUCCGCCCUCCUUCAGGAAACUGCCACAGGUGCAGGAGGUCACGCACACACCUGUGAGGUGAGUUCAGCUGUGGCAGAUGGGAGUGUGCUCCGUGUUGGAGAGAUCACAGUGAAUGUGCUGGAGUGUGAGCUGCGCAGGCAGGCAGAGGAACUGUCUCUCCCCAUCUCUGUACUGUCUGCUAGGUUGGUGAUGGACAGAAUCACAGCUCUGCAGGGAGACCAAGACUCGGUCAUGAUGGACUCCGCCCAAAGGGCUGAGCUCAUCUUGUUCUUACAUGCUGCCCGAGAGCUGUUAAACAGGGGAGUGUUUAGCCCCAAACUGUUCUGGCAGGAGUACUGGAAAAGCCAGCCUGUGCUGGAAGUGGUGUAUCGCCUACACACUGAGGAGCUCCUUACACUGCGUUACACACUGACCAGUGAGGCCGGUGUGUGUGUGUGGUUGGUGUCUCAGUUACAGUCGCUGUGUGAAUGCGGAGUGACUGAGGAAGAAGGAGUCGUGCGUCAUCGUAUCCUCUCCACUGUCGUGUGUGUCUUGGUCCAUGUUGGGUUUGAGGAUGUUCAGGACUCCAGUGUGUCUCAUUCCUGUUGUUCAGUGCUGGAUAGUAUGCUUUCUUGGCUUCUGGAUACACUAGAAAACACGCACAGUACACACACCGCAGACCCCUCACUGCAUGUACCAGCUGCAGCAAAUUGGCUCCAUGUGUUUGAGACAUCAGUGUUUGGUGUGUCCGUUUCAGAGGACGCUAUGCGCCGGUUCUUCACGCACACGCUCACACACAUACUCACACAUCGACCUCGCCUCAAAGUGUCAGAUGCCAUAGCAAUGCAGAGUCAGUGGAGUUUUGCUAAAACAUCCCCAUUGAUGACCUCACUGUUCUGUAAGGUGUGUGUGGGGUUCAGUAUGGAGGAGGUGUGUUCUCACCUGCAGCAGGUAUUAGAGACUCUGGAAGUGAACUGGCAGAAUGUUCUGUCCUGCAUUUCAACACUGCUGGUGUAUCACACACACACGCAGGCCUGCCUCAAAGAGUUGUUGUCCAGGUUGCUGAGUUCGGCGUUUCACUUGUAUGAUGUGGAGAAGAUGAUUACUGCCUUCCUGUUAGCUCGACAGGGGGCACUAGAGGGUCCUGCCAUUUUUCCUUCCUACAGCGACUGGUUCAAGAUCUGCUUUGGUGGGGCUAGUGGUUACCAUGGUAACAGUAAGAAGUCAUUGGUGUUCCUGUUGAAAUUCCUGUCUGACCUCGUGCCCUUUGACCCCCCACAGUACCUGAAGGUCCAUGUUAUGCACCCACCCUAUGUCCUGGGGAAACACCGCGCUCUCCUGCAGGAGUUUACCUCUCUGGCCAGGACACGCCUCUCUGACCUGAAGGUUUCUGUUGAGGAGAUGGGUAUGUAUGAGGUGGUCUCAGGUGCUGCACCCGAAGUUCAGCCAGAGUGUGUUGCACAGCAGGAUGUGGAGAAAGCUGUAGCAUUGUUUCAGAGUACUGGCAGAAUCUCAGCCACUGUGAUGGAAGCCAGUAUAUUCAGACGGCCAUAUUUCCUGUCCCGUUUUCUUCCUGCUCUUUUGACACCACGCGUGCUUCCAGAGAAACCUGAUAAUCACAUGGCCUUCAUUGAGGCACUCAAGAAGGCAGAGAAGAUCCCAGCUGCUCUGUACUCCUCCUACACUGAGUCCUGUAUGAGACAGCAGCAGGGAGCAGGUGUGUGUGACGCAAAGGAUCAGGACCCUCAUGUGGGUGUUCACACUGAUUUAAUGCAGCUGAGGAGGUUGCUGUCUGUUGGAGCUGCUGAAGGAGAGGUGCGAGCGCAGGUUGCCAUGCUGUCUCAGGCGCUGAGCGGUGUGUGUGAUAAUCCGGACAAACGGAGUGAGUGUGAGAUCAUAACGCUGACCCUGGACCCACACACCCCUUCACACACACCUCCUGUUGUAAAUGUGAUCCUACAGGGUUUCUGUGAGUGUGUGCUGGUGGCAUGUAGAGUCGCUCCUCCAAACAGGCAGUGUCAAUGGGUUGGAGUGUUUCUGAAGAUGUUAAUAGGACAUGCACAGCUGUACACGCACAUCAUGCACAGACUUCUGCAACUACUGCACCUCCAGGGGCCGUCUCUCUCUCCUACCCAUGUCCUGGCUCUGGCAGUGUUGGUGGUGGAGCUGCAUGUGUGCAGAGAACAGUUUCCCCCAGUGAACUUGUCUCACUCCACCUGUCUCACACACUCAACCCGUCUGUCUCCAUCUGAGGCCCUGAGUGAUUCUUUACCUUUUUCCACUGCUAGUGGCAUGGAGUUCUCCCUUAGAUUCUGUGUGGUGGCUGUGUGUUAUGCUCUGUGUAAAUCCAGUUCACACACUGAGGAGCUCACACACUUCAUCCCCUCUCACCUCUAUAAACGGCUGCUGUUCCUCAUGCCGAGGCUUGUACCAGAGCUGUGUUCAGGUAUGUUAGCAGCAGAGAGACAGGGUGGUGGUGGUGAUGAGCGUAUUGAUGAAGAGGAGUGUGUGUGUGCUUGGGAGAGUGUUACCAACUGCAGGAGGAGUGUGAGGAGCUCUGUCAGAGCACUGUGGGGACACACCACAAUCAGGAACCUGCAGAAACACCUGGAAUACCAGUUGUCAUUUUCUGAGUGGCUGAUGUUCGAGCUCCGAGUGCAGCGCAGUCGAGAUGCUCUGCCUGAUACAGAGAGGCAGGUGUAUGAGCGGUGGGCGUGUCAGCAGUGGUUCCUCCCACUGCGUGUGAGCGCAGGAGGCUGUGAGGGAAAUACAGCAACAGCGUGUACACACAUUAUCAAUGCUGUUCUGGAUUCAGGUGUGUCUCCAGUGUUGUAUUCCACAGCUCUGAAUCACACAGACUCCUGUCAUGUAGACGUUCUGGCCAGACUGCAGGAGCUGCUGUGGGAGCUGCAAUUCACAUGCAAGAGUAGAAUGAGAGAGGAGCGUUUCUUCCUGUGGGGUCUGAUUGAACAAAGGUGCUCAGUGACCUUUGAUCCCAAGACCAUCAGCUCUGAGCUAGAGCUCCAGAGAACGCUGCACACCUGGAACAGUGUGAUCCUCGCCGUUCCGUCUCCACUCUUAGUGUGUGUGCGCGCUACUGGAGGAAGAAGCAUGCUGGACUGCACUGCACUCAUGGAUCACAUAAAUAAUCAUCAGAGGAGGGUGUGUUCUCCUGCGGGUCUUCUUUCCUGCUCCUUGACGACCCACUUCCUCUCAGCGGUGCUCAGUGCGAGUGUGACUUGUGAGUCUCCUGUUGAAGCCGUGAAUGCAGUUCUGUCUCACCUCAGUGUGCGCUGUCCCCUUCUGCUGCUGUCUGCUGCGCGGUGGUGGGCGUGUCUCUCUCCGGUGUUGUGUUCUUUGUGGGAGCGUGUGAUUGGAGGGCAGAAGCCUGAACUGCUACAGCUAUUGACUGACUGCAGUCUGUGGGCCUGCAGGUGGGUGAGAGGUCUCCGAGGUGAUGUACCCUCAGCUCCUGCACUGGUGUUAGCGGUGUGUGUGCACACUGCAGUUGAACAGAAGGGUGGUGACGCUGAGCGUCUUAAAGCUGAACUCACGCUGAUGCAGCAGCACAGAGAGAUGCUGGCUUUUCUGCUCUUCUUCUACAUAACAGGCCUCCUCUCUGAGCACCUUUCACCACAGGGUGAUCAGACUGUAAACUGCCAUUCUAAAGGCCUCAGUAUUCAGCUCAUCACACUGCUGGCUGACUCUUCUGAUUGGCUGUCCCUGUUCCACCAAUCAGAGUGCAGUAUGGAGCUUGAACACAGUUCAGAGCGCAAUACCUACACGAGACUUGUCUCCAUGGUAACCACAGACCAGUGUGUGCGGCUGAUGCCGUUUGCGCUUUUCAGUGUGUUGGUGGAUGUUGAUGUGAAGGUGUUGAGCAAAGUGAUGGCGAGCCCAGGGUUCCUCCCCCCAGCUGUGAUGUCAUACACCGCACUGAUGAAGCUCUUCCUACUCGGGGACACUGCAAACAUCAAGGCCAACAAACUGCAGCAGAUCGUGUGUGCGGCUCAGCACAUUGUUUUAAAGAGUGUCUCUUUGACUUGCCCAGGCUCCGUCUCUCACAGCCAGUUAAAACAGAUGGAGGCGGAGUGUAUGGAGCUCGACCCGGAGGUGGCAGCUGCGCUCUCAGCUCUGAUGACGUCUGACGACCUUUGACCUGCAGGACUUCUCCUGUUUGAUGAAUUCACUGCAGGAGGAUUGUGGGCGAUUAUGGAGAGAUGUGAUUGACAUGGGCACGCAAAGGAAUUGUUGGAAGUCCACUCGGCACACCAUGGGACGUAAACAAACUUGACUGUUCUGUACAGGUGAAAAGUGAUAUGCAAUAAAACACAGUGACACAUUAAAGUGCACUUAAGUGCUUAGUGGUCACUUUCGGCUGUAGGGCACAUCGGAGUGACUGCUCAGUCUGCCAUGUUGCUUUGUACCCGAAUUAUCUGAUGUGUGAUGCUCCUUUCCCCAUGUCCUAAAUGAGAACCUUUUAGAUGAACCCCACCCCACACACACAGCAUGCUCCCUACUUAGGGACUCUUGAUUGUAACACAGCCAGAGUAAUUCGAGUGUCACUGUGUGUUAAACACUGUAUAACCGUGUGGGCUGUACAGCUCUCAGCUCAUGUCCGCCGUGUGUGUGUUGUGUUCCUGUAACAGGGGGUGCACCAUGCUCAUGUGGACAUUCAGAUUGUGUGCUUUCUCAAAGCGGCGCUCGCACACGCUGCACGCAAAUUCUAGCUCCGCCUCUGCCUUGUGCUUGGUCAUGUGAUACUUCAGAGAUGCUCUCUGACGACACUGGAACCCACACACUUCACACCUGCAAAAAACACACAGCUUGAAUGGAGUUCUGCAAGUUACUGCACUGUGUGUGUGUGUGUGUGUGUGUGUGUGUGUGUGUGUGUGUGUGUGUGUGAGAGAGAGAGAGAGAGAGAGAGAGAGAGAGAGACUCACUGCAGUGGUUUUGCUCCUGAGUGUCUCAUCUGGUGCACAGAGAGAUGUUUCCUCUGUUUAAACGUCCGACCACACUGAUCACAGAUAUAAUUCCUUACCUCUGAAAAAAAAAAACCACACACACACACUUUAAACCCUACACAUUAGUUUUGAGAGGAAGGUGUAUCUUGAAUUAAAGCCCUACCCCUGUCUUUCAAAAGAUUUUUAUAUUAAAAACCCCCACAUCCGUCAGUAUAAUGUUUAAUUUUUGGCUUCUCAUCUUAUUUGUGGCUCACAAAUGUUUACUUUGGAUUUUUGUGAAACUGGGUGUAAUGGCACCCAGCGCUGUAGAGUCACAGGGACACGCCCCCUACAUUUAAACUCAAUUUAAGAUCAUAUCUUUCAGCCCAAUUCAGUGACGUUACACAUCAGCAGCUGUAAUGAACAUGAACGAAGUGGAUCAUUUACUCCAUUUUCACCCUAAAAUGUGUUUGGAGAAGAAAAUUCUACAGAUCAUGUCAAAGUUUAAAUGCUCAGCAGUUUGUUCAGAAGCUGCCGUUAAAUAAAUCCUUCUCAGCA